AUGUACCAGCGGUCCAUACAGGACCCCAGCGGCUUCUGGCGGGAGCUGGCCACGGAGAGCUUCCACUGGGAGCAGCCCAUCCCGCAGCAGCACCACUCCGCCAACUUUGACAUCCGCAAGGGCCCCAUCUACAGCGAGUGGUUCAAGGGCGGCAAGACCAACAUCGCGUACAACUGCCUGGACCGGCACGUGGCGGAGGGGCACGGCGCCCAGCCCUGCUUCCUGUUUGAGGGCAACGAUGUGGGGCGUGACGCCGUCAUGACCUACAAGCAAGUGCUGGACGAGGUCUGCCGCGUGGCCAACUGGCUGCGGUCUGUGGGCGUGAAGAAGGGGGAUGCUGUGGCCAUCUACAUGCCCAUGGUCUGCGAGCUGCCCAUCGCUAUGCUGGCCUGCGCCCGCAUCGGCGCCGUGCACAGCGUGGUGUUUGGCGGCUUCUCCUCCGACGCCCUGGCCAGCCGCAUCGAGGACUGCAAGGCCCGCGUGCUCAUCACCUGCAACGCCGUCAUGCGCGGCGCCAAGGCCAUCGGCCUCAAAAAGAUUGCGGACCAGGGCUGCGACAUCGCGCACCACCAGGGCUUCGACGUGGAGCACGUUCUCGUGUAUGCCAACGACAAUGCGGCAAAGAAGGAGGACACGCACAUGGUGGCGGGGCGCGACGUCUUCUGGCAGGACGUCAUCCCGCAGCAGCCCGACACCGCGGAGGUGGAGUGGAUGGACAGCGAGGACACCCUCUUCUACCUCUACACGUCUGGCAGCACCGGCAAGCCCAAGGGCGUGCUGCACACCACCGGCGGCUUCAUGGUCUACGCGGCUACAACAAUGAAGUACGUAUUUGCCAUCCAGCCAGGAGAUGUCUACUGGUGCACCGCAGACUGCGGCUGGAUCACGGGCCACAGCUACCUGGCCUAUGGCCCGCUGCUCAAUCGGGCCACGCAGGUGGUGUUUGAGGGCGUGCCCACGCACCCCAACCCGGGGCGGUGCUGGGAGGUGGUCGACAAGUGGCAGGUGAAGCAGUUCUACACCGCACCCACCGCCAUCCGCUCCCUCAUGCGCUCGGGGGAGGAGUGGGUGAAGAAGCACGACCGCGGCAGCCUGCGCGUGCUGGGGUCGGUGGGGGAGCCCAUCAACCCAGAGGCAUGGAAGUGGUAUCACGAGGUGGUGGGGGACGGGCGUUGCCCCAUCGUGGACACCUGGUGGCAGACCGAGACGGGUGGGCACAUGAUCAGCCCCCUGCCGGCGGCCUGGCCCGAGAAGCCCGGCAGCGCCUCGCUGCCCUUCUUCGGGGUCAAGCCCGUGCUGGUGGAUGAGAAGGGUCGGGAGCUGGAGGGGGAGGCGGAGGGGUACCUGUGCAUCGCGCAGUCCUGGCCCUCCAACAUCCGCACCGUGUACCGCGACCACGAGCGGUACGAGACAACGUACUUCGCGCCGUUCCCCGGCUACUAUUUCAGCGGGGACGGCGCCCGGCGGGAUAGCGAUGGGUACUACUGGAUCACAGGCCGCGUGGACGACGUGAUCAACGUGAGCGGGCACCGCAUCGGCACGGCGGAGGUGGAAAGCGCGCUGGUGGCGCACCCGCAGUGCGCCGAGGCGGCGGUGGUGGGCUAUGAGCAUCCGGUGAAGGGGCAGGGCAUCUGGGCCUACGUCACGCUCCUGGAGGGCGUGGACUUCCACGAUGGGCUGAAGAAGGAGCUGGUGAUGAGCGUGAGGGAGCAGAUUGGGGCCUUUGCCGCGCCCGACGUCAUCCACUGGGCCCCCGGCCUGCCCAAGACGCGCAGCGGCAAGAUCAUGCGCCGCGUGCUGCGCAAGAUCGCGUCGUUUGAGGAGGACCAGCUGGGGGACACCUCCACCCUGGCAGACCCGGGCGUGGUGCAGGUGCUGCUGGAGCUGCGCGGCAAGUGA